UGCAAACACGCUGCCUCCUGAAACACCAACAAGAAACCUGCUACAGCUUCUACAUCUGCUAAAACAGAUCAAAAAAACAUAAAACAUGCCGAAAGCAAAGAAGUCAGGGAAGAGGAAGAAGUUCGACUAUAAUCAGGACCGGAAGAAGAUGAAGAAACAAUACAUCAAGAAAUGUAACCCGAGAAUAGAGAAUUCACAGAUCCGAAAUGCUUGGGACGACAAGAAGUCAACGGCCAGGAACUUGCAGGCGAUGGGUCUGGCUUUUGAUCCGAACCGCGCUCUGCCAAUUAUAAAGCCCAGACUCCUUGGUGGUGUCCACACGACCACAGCUCCUGUCGGCAUCGUGACCAAACCUUACGUCCUCAACCGUAAGUUUAUGCAAGCCAACCGUCCGGAGAAAGACUCGAAGACGUUAUCAUCCGACCUCAUCGAGUACGCUCAGUACAUGAUCCGAGAACACAAAGACGACUUCAAGGCGAUGGCCAGAGAUGAGAAGAACUACUACCAGGACACCCCCAAACAGAUCAAGAGGAAAAUCAACGAGUACAAACGGGCCACGCCUGCUCACUACGACGCCUUCAUCAAGUCGCUCGCACCUCCAGAGCCCAUGGCCCAGGAAUAAAAAGCUUCAGCUUCAACCCUGACUGUAAUAUAUUAUUAUUAUAUAUAUUAUUCUGCUCUGCAUCAGGAUGAGACUUCAGACUGGGACUAAAGUUCAGAAGAGCUCCUCAUUGUGUUUUCUGUCCCUUUUCUGUUGAGAUCUCCUUUAAAAUCUCCAAAAACCAUGACUGGACUGAUCUGUCAUUUAAAUACCGUGAAGCUUAUUUUAAGUUUCAUGUAAUUUCCCUGCAACCUCUUUUUCUUCUUUUUACUGCAAGUUUUGUGUCGUAAACAUAUUUUCCAGCCGUGUUUCCAUGAAAAGAAAAGAAAAAAACCUUCAUUCAUAACUCGGUUAGCCCAGUUUGUGUUAAUGAACUUUGACCAUCUGGGUCAGAAUAACAUGGUUUAGGUCAAAAACUAUUAGAGAUAUUAAAACAUGUUAUUACAGAGUGUAAACUUCUCUGUUGAUGCUGUAUGAAGAGGUGAAGUAAUAUGAUUUAGACAGAAAGAGAAGA